CUAACGAGAAGAUGGCGUCGGUUGAGGUGACAGCGGGCAAGAGACCGCAUGUGAAGACGGAAAAGAUGCAGGAGUAUAUGCGUUCACAUGGUGAUGGGGGCUCUCAAAAGAUUCUCCGCUGUCCGGUCCCUGGGUGUGACAAGGUGCUUUCUAGUGCCCCCGGUUUGAGAUAUCACAUUAAAGGCCACACAGGACCAGAAAGACCCUUCUUGUGUGACAGGUGUCGCAAAACAUUCAAAAGUGCUAAUGGCUUAAAAUAUCACAUUGAAAAAACAAAAUGUGAUGGCUCUUCAGAAAAGAUCUUUGCCAAUAGCGAGACAGAAGGAAUGGAAGAUUUCCUAGAUGAAGAUUUAUGCCAUCAUGACGAGAUAUCAGUGUCAGAUGACUUCUCCGAUACCAGUAUUGAUCUCAGUUCCCAAGAGUCACCCCACAAGCACCUGUCCAGUUCUUCCCAGUCACAGUGUGAAGGGAAGGGACAGUCAGCACAAGUGGAUAGACUGACAGAACUUGCUAUUAUAGCCACAAGCCCUCAGAGUCCCCUUAUGCAAAAAUCUCUCCCAGUCAGAAUAGACCAGACAAGAGGCUCAGUGGUGCGAUCUCUGGAGAAAUCUUUACAUACUUACACCCGUCCCUCUGAGUGCAGCCCUCCUUGGUCCACAUCUUCACAAGACUUCUCCCCACCUUUACCAAUACACUUGUCAGCUCCAUCUAGUGUUGAAUCUCUUCCAGAUAACGAAGAUCCAUGUUGUGAGGUGGAGGGUGACUCCGUGGUAACCUCUUCGUCUCCUUGUCCAUCCUGCCCUCAGGACAUGGGGUCUUGUGAUGCUACAUGGACACAUCCGUGGCCAACUCCUGUCUGGCAGUGCUUCACAAAAGAUUGUAAAAUUAAGUUUUUAUCAAAGAACCGAGAAGAAUGGCAAAAUGCUCAAGAUUUGGCUGACAGACAAAAACUUAUGGCCACAGCUACUUGUGUACAAAGUGAAUUAUUAGAUAUCAGCUAUGCAAAUAAUGGGCUUCGGUUACUUGAAAUCCAUGAAGUAGAGACAGACCCUUGCACAACAGUUGAGCUAAAGUUAACCCCUAACCUUUCCACUCAACCAGAUGUCCUUGUUCGGUGUCGUUUAAACCAUCCAUUCUUUGUGAGAGAUAAAGGUUGGUCAUCACUUGACCCAAGUAACACUGCAGAGCAUUAUGGGAUUCCUUGUCGGGUGUUGACCAUAGAAGAUGUUUGUUUAUCACCAUCCCAUCCUGAGGCCACAAUGAUCCAUGAUUUUACUCCCAUGGAUACAUCAGCAGUGUUUGCCCUGAGCAAUAUGAAAAAGCAAAGACUGGAUCAGGAAAUGAGCCCAAAACACAUUUCAGAAUCACCUGGUAAACGAUCUCCUUCUAAGUUCCCCACAGAUGGGGAAUUUAAACCAAAGCGACCAAUGAACUCUUUCAUGCUGUUUGCCAAAAAGUACCGAGUCGAGCUGACAAAAAAAUAUCCUGGACGAGACAACAGAGCAAUCAGUGUGAUGUUGGGUGAUAAGUGGAAGCAGAUGACAAUUGAAGAGCGGGACAGGUAUGCUCAAGAAGCCCGCAUGCUGGCAGAAGAACAGAAGAAAAUUCAUCCAGACUGCUGGAAAAGAAAGCGCUUCACACCUGAUCCUCCCUAGAUCUCAGGUUGUGACGCCAGAGGCUAUUACACUGCCCAUACUACAGCCUUCAGUGAUGGAGUUCAUUGUGACCCUGUGAUCUCAUCAAACACCACUGCCACUGGGUGAUUCUACAACCUUGUUAUUAUAUUUUGGA